AUGCCGAAGGCUGGUUCCUUCCCAGAACACGUCCAUAAUGAGAUAUUAAGAGUCACCGAUGCGACGUCUCUUCCCCCUCCAUCCAAGAUUCAGGUCUUCGCCGACACAUAUUUCAAACAUCUUUACCAUAUCGCGCCCGUCAUCGAUCGAGCGGACUUGCUUGUUGAAGAGCCAUCUAUCUUACUACUGCAGGCAAUCUGUUUGAUCGGUUCCCAACUCCGAUAUCCAAGGGACCAAUUCCCCACACUUUUGAGCGAGCCGUACUACCUCAAGAUCAAGACCCUGAUCUAUGCCAAACAUGAGCACGAUAAUCUUGCCAUACUAAAGACCCUUUGCAUUCUAUGCUUCUGGAUUAUAACCCCACCUGUGGUGGUGAGCCUUGAUUCCUCCUACCACUGGCUCGGCGUCGCCGUGCGGCUUGCAUAUCAGAUGGGCCUUCAUCGAGAAUCGAGUUACCCCAAAUUAUCCAACCCAGGGGCCACCCGCCGAAUAAUGUGGUUCCUCUUUGCCGCGGAUAAGCUGCAGGCGGCGGCUUUUGGACGUCCCGCCUUCCUAAUGUCCCAGAACAUGGACUUGCGCCCCUUGGGACUUGGGGAUUUCGAGUCUGCGGAUACUACAGCAGAGGUAUUCAUUGAAUACACGAGGCUGAAUAUGUUCCUCGAAAAAAUUGUGGAGUUCCAAGAUCGAAAAGCUGAGAUCUCUCUAGAACAAGUGACAUGCAUUAUCAGUUCUUUGGAGCAAUGGAUUGCGAAUCUUCCGAAUAAUUUGCGCCUUUACGAUCAAUCUGGUCGGAGAAAUUAUCGACGAGACACCAGUGAAAUGCAUAUCCACUACUUUACCUGCAUUAUCCUAUUCGUUCAUUUAUACGGACAGGUUACUCACCCUUCCAUGACGCCCACUCCAUCUCUCGUGGCGUCGUCCUGUAUGGCGCGUCUGUACGAGGAAAUUGAUGACCGCGACGAAACCAACUACCUCACGCCGAGUCAUAAUUGGUCGCUGAUGGUGGGUUGUAUCCCGCAAAUCCACCGGGAUAAGUUGGUUCCCGAAGAGCAUGACUUGUGCAAUACAGAGCUAGAUACUUUUGUAACUGCGCUGAGAUGCAUGCGUCUGAAAUGGCCACCUGCCAACAAUAUCUUGACGACUGUCGACCGCCUCCGUACAGCUGAAAGUCAUCCGAGAGCUCACCCAUCGGUAGAGGGUCAACAGAAUAUAUACCCGUCGCCGACCUCUUACGAGUUCGCGACUCCAAUUCUGACGAGUCUGUUCCCUUUCCCCAAGGAUAUGUGUCCCAGGAUGGCAUUGGUGAAUCCGGAUUUCGGGGAAGGCAGGACUGGAAUGGAAAGCGUGGCGGCGCCUGCAACUGAGGGCUUUAUGGACUGGAUUUUCGAUGAAUUCAACCUGGAUUAUCUGAAUAUGCCGUUUGUUGGCUGA